AUGUUCAAAUACUUCUCUUCGAGAUUGAUUCAACUUGGGAUUCAACAUGGAUCUCCCUCCCAAUUCAUGAAUGGUGUGAAGCAACAAUUGAGUCAUUGUGUUGAGAUCUCACAAAUGAAUCAAUCCCUUUCAAAUAUCAUGAGCAACAUUCAGGAAGGAAAAAAGGAAAUUCUCUCUUCCUCAGUCACCAGUCAAUUCUUGGAACAAGAAAAGAUGAAAAGAAACAAUCCAUAUCCCAAUACUUGGAUUCCAUUGAGUGCAAGUUUCAUUUCUUCUUAUAAAGUGUUGGUCCAUGAAUUGCGUAUCCUGGAUCAUGACCAAGCCAUGUCGCUUCUGAGUGAAGCCAUUUGUACGCUCGCUCCAGAAGAAUAUAAUGAAACACAUGUGAUACCUUAUUUGGUGAAAAAGAAAGCAACCAUACAUGAUGCACAACAUUUGGAGCGAGUGAAAGAAUUCAUGGAAGAAAAUUAUAACAAGUUUCCAGGGUUUGACAUGUCCACUCAAAUUGAACAUGAAGAAGCUCAAAAAGGAAUUCCUUCUCAGCAGCAACAUCAACAAUUAUCGUCAUCAUCCUCUACAACAAUCUCAUUGGUCAAAAUGAAAGUGCAUUAUUGUGUCAUACAUGCCUUCUUUAAGGCUCACGGCAUGGGACAUAUCUUGCCUGCCAUGUGUUCUUUCGAUUGCACAUGGUCGAGUGCUUUCCAUUCGCCUCGAGUGGGACUCAAAUUCAGACGAAGUAGAGUUCUGAGUUUGGGAGAUGAGUUUUGUGAAUUUGCAGUUUCGAAAGAUUUUGAAAAGGAUAUGGAGGAUGCGGUCAUGAACACCCUUCCACCAAAAAAAACCAAAUUCACUAUGACUGUAAACAAUCAUGAAGAGAUUCAAUAA